AUGGCUGAUCCAUCAGGUAGUAACAAAGAGAUGGUUAUGAGAGAGUAUAGGAAAGGGAAUUGGACGGUGGCUGAGACUCUGGUGCUCAUAGAAGCCAAGAAGAUGGACGAACAGAGGCGUAUGCGGCGGUCUACCGGCCUUCCGCCGGAGAAACAACCGGAAAACCGGAACAGACCGUCGGAGCUCCGGUGGAAGUGGAUAGAAGAGUAUUGUUGGAAGAAAGGAUGUAUGAGAAACCAGAAUCAGUGCAACGACAAAUGGGACAAUCUCAUGAGGGAUUACAAGAAGAUCAGAGAGUACGAGAGAUCGAGGGUAGAAUCGUCUUUUAACACCGGCUCUACUUCUUCCUCUUCUUCUCCGGCGACGUCGUACUGGAAGAUGGAGAAGAGUGAGAGGAAAGAGAAGAACUUGCCGAGUAAUAUGUUGUCUCAGAUAUACGAAAGGUUGUCUGAUCUUGUCGAGAAGAAGGGUCUACCUUACUCCGCCUCCGUCGCCGGUAACGGCAGCUAUUCCGGCGGCCAGAUCCUAAGUGUGUGCAAACAAAGUUUAGGAGUUGUAGCUCCGAUGAUAGCUCAGCCUCUGCAUCAGAUUCCGGCUACUCUUGCAUUACCUCUUCCUUCACCACCACCGCCGCGGCCGCGACCUCUAGUCAUAUCACAACCUCCGCCGCUUCAACCUCCACCGUCCACAUUUCACGUUGAGCCUAUACAGCCCAUAGUAGACACAUCCUCGGCAAAGCGAAGGAGAACAACCCCGGGAGAAACCACCGCCGGAGGAGAGAGAGAGGCAGAGGAGAUUGCGGUUGGAGCGGCCUUAUCGAGAAGCGCGGCUGUGAUCGCACAAGUAAUGAGAGAGAGUGAUGAGAGACAAGAGAUGAGGCAUAAAGAAGUGGUGAGGCUGCAAGAGAGGAGACUAAAGAUUGAGGAAUCGAAAGCUGAGAUAAACAGACAAGCAUCAACAUUCUUCAAUGCCUUUAAAUCAUCGGAAGAUAUUGUUACCAGAAUCAGUGUUUGGUGGGAGCAAGCGAGGACUGUUGUUGUUGUACCUGUCUUCAAGUUCUUGGUGGCUCUAUGCUUGAUCAUGUCUUUAAUGCUCUUCAUUGAGAUAAUGUACAUGGGAGUUGUCGUAGCCUAUAUCAAGUUGUUUAAGAGAAAACCAGAGAAAGUUUACAAAUGGGAAGCUAUGGAGGAUGAUGUUGAGUGUGGCAGUGCAAGCUUCCCCAUGGUUCUUGUGCAAAUACCUAUGUACAAUGAAAAAGAGGUUUGUGAGCAAUCUAUUGCAGCUGUUUGCAAAAUCUCAUGGCCAUCGAAUCGUAUAAUAAUUCAAGUGCUUGAUGACUCCACAGAUCCAGCCAGUAAGGAAUUGGUGAAAAAGGAAUGUGAGAGAUGGUCGAGAGAAGGCGUCAACAUAACGUUUGAGAUUAGGGAUAACAGGAACGGAUACAAAGCUGGUGCACUGAGAGAAGGAAUGAAACAUAGCUAUGUGAAGCAGUGUGACUAUGUUGCUAUCUUUGAUGCUGACUUCCAGCCUGAUCCGGACUUCCUCCACCGCACUGUUCCUUUCUUAAUUCACAAUCCCAAGUUAGCACUUGUCCAAGGCCGGUGGGAGUUUGUGAACGCGGGGCAAUGCAUGAUGACGAGAUUGCAGGAAAUGUCUCUGAGUUACCACUUUACAGUAGAGCAGCAAGUUGGAUCUUCAACAUUUGCCUUCUUUGGUUUCAACGGAACGGCUGGCGUCUGGAGAAUCUCAGCGCUGAAUGAGUCCGGGGGAUGGAAUGACCAGACAACAGUAGAGGACAUGGACUUAGCUGUGCGAGCUACGCUUAGAGGCUGGAAGUUUCUAUAUAUCGAUGAUCUCAUGGUUAGAAGUGAGUUACCUUGUUCCUUCAAUGCCCUCCGUAGCCAGCAGCAUCGAUGGACUUGUGMCCCUGCCAAUCUAUUCAGGAAAAUGGCUGGACAAAUAAUAAGAAGCGAGAAUGUUUCUCUAGGGAAGAAGUUGUAUAUGAUUUACAGCUUCUUCUUCAUGCGCAAGAUCGUGGCUCACGUCCUCACUUUCUGCUUCUACUGUGUUAUCUUGCCAGCAACUGUUUUGUUCCCUGAAGUCACAGUUCCAAAAUGGGCUGCAUUUUAUUUCCCUUCAUUGAUCACUCUCUUUAUCGCAAUCUGUAGACUAAGAUCAAUCCACCUUUUGGCGUUCUGGGUUCUGUUUGAGAACGCAAUGUCCCUGCUUCGAACAAAGGCACUCGUCAUGGGUUUGUUAGAAACAGGAAGAGUACAAGAAUGGGUCGUGACCGAGAAACUAGGUGAUGCUCUCAAGACGAAGCUGAUUGCACAAGUGCCUAAAGAAAAUAAUGUCAGAUUCAGAGACAGGGUGCAUUUGCUGGAGCUAUUGGUUGGAGUGUACCUGUUGUUCUGCGGAUGCUACGAUAUCAUCUAUGGGAAGAACACAAUCUUUGUGUACCUUCUAUUCCAGUCAUUAGCCUUCUUCGUUGUCGGUUUUGGAUUUGUGGGCAAAUAUGUUCCUGCUUCCUCUUAA